AUGGGGAAAGACCUGGUAGAGGAGAGAGCUCAAGAGCAAUUCGGGAGCAGGGCCGUUAUUGAAGAUAACUCAACUAGCUUCCAGGAUGCCGAACAGGGGGAUGAACCUGACAUGGAGACGAUUGAUCGCAUUUAUAAGAAAAUCGAUUGGAGAAUAAUCCCGCCAUUUUGGACCCUUUAUUUCCUGUGUGCGGCCAUCAGGUCCAGUAUAGGGCUGGCUCAAACGAUGAAUAUUGACCAAAAGCACGACCUUCGCAGCGUGCUAGGCAUAUCUUCUCACCAGAUUUCAACCAGCCUGGCGCUGUUCUAUGUCUGCUAUGUGAUUUUCGAUCUACCGUCCAAUCUAGUAAUGACGAGGCUAAGUCCUCGUGUCUGGAUGAGUCGCAUUGUUAUCAGCGUUGGCGUCAUCGGGUGUUGCUUCGCCGCAGCCGAAGCUGCGUGGAGUUUAUAUUUACUCCGACUCCUCCUUGGAGUUGUCAUCGCGGGCAUGUGGCCAGGUAUGGCGUAUUAUCUCACACUUUUCUACCCGCCCUCACGCACCGGAAAACGAAUCGGCCAAUACUUCACUGCAGCACAAAUAUCCGCAGCAGUCGUUGGCCUUGUCUCUGCCGGCUUCCAAAAAAUGGACGGCUUGAAAGGCCUCGUCGGAUUCCAGUGGAUGUUUCUCCUGUAUGGCAUCGCGGGUACCCUUACUGGAAUAAGUCUCUUCUGGUGGCUCCCGGAGCGCCCGCUUCCACCAGGAGAGAAAUUACUACCCAGAUCAAAGUUUUUAUGGUGGGUUCCUCAACCGACUCCUGUGCUCAGAGGGCGGGAUGCAGAAAUUCACUUUCGCGAUUUGAAGCGGGCGUACCAUAGCACCCGAUGGACCCUGCGGGACCUCUUCCGCGUGUUGAUUGAUUGGCGCCUGUGGCCACUUGUAAUCAUGUACUUUGGAGUCGUUGGCGUGGGAAUCGGUGUGCAGAGUUACGGGACUGUUAUUAUCCGAGCGGCGAAUCCGUCAUUAACGGGUGUUGAGUUGAGUUUAUUAUUCGCUCCAAUCUGGAUUAUGGACCUAAUCGCCAUUCUCCUCAUAACCCCACUCUCGGACCGCUUCCACCACCACCGUGCCAUCUUCUUCAUCGUCCCGGUCCUAAUCCAAAUCGUAGGCCUGCUCCUGACAACCUACACUGGCACAGCCACAAAUACCUGGUGGCGCUAUGGUGGCCUGCUCAUCGUUGGUUUCGGCCUAGGCCCCACCGUUCCAAUAACUAUGACGUGGACAAACGAGCUCUUCCAGUCACGCCAUGGGGAGGUGGGCGUAGCAGCAGCAUCUGCGCUCGUCUCGGGUCUAGGUAAUUUGGGAAGCAUCCUUACUACGUAUGCACUGUAUACUGGCUGGACGAGCGAUCGUGAGGCCAAGGGGACUAAGAAGUAUCGGAAGAGUAAUCUGGUUAUGGUUGGGAUAUUGUGUGCAAGUACUGUGGCAGCGGUGUUGCUGGAGGUGCUGUUGAGGAUUUUGGAUAAGAAGAAUGGAGCCGGCAAUGGGGAUGGGGAUGCGAAUGGUGGUGAUGGUGCAGCGAGGAGAGAGGUGAAGCAGAGGGGGUUGAAGGGAUUGUGGGUUUUAAAGUUGUUUAGGAAGUAG